UCAAAGCAUGCAGAAAACAAAAGCAACGGAAAUAUUACUCCAGUCGACGACAAGAAAGCCCACAGGACAGUUUUCUAUUCGAACAUUUAAUAUUUCAAAUAAAACCUCGGCUGUGUGCUCGCUUACCUUUGCCUAAUAGUAGAAUUAUUUAAAAACGUAACCUGUCAAAAGUUCCCGCCUCAUUUAUGCAAAUUGAAAUACUUUUUUAAAUUAAAGUUGAUAAUUAAAUGUAAUUUUCGUGAAAAUGUUGUUUGUAAAUCUUGUUUUGCGUUUACAAAUCGGUUAGAAGUUUUUAAAUCGUUGUUUUUUGUAAAGUUUUGUGUUAUAAUUGACAGUUGGCGUCUUUUAAAAAGAUGGACGUUUUGAGACGCGCGUUAGUGCGUUUAAUAUUUUUUGCUUUCUUCACACGGCAUGCAAUAUCUCAGGAAUACUUCAGAAUGGGGGUGAACACAAACUCGGCGGAAGCCUCUCAGUUCCUCCGCGAGUAUGACAGAGAAGCUUCGGGAAUGUGCUACAGGGUCACGAUGUCCCAAUGGAAAUUCGUGACGAACAUAACGGAGUACAAUCGACGGAGGAUGAUGGAGGAACUAGCCCUCAGCUCCAAGUUCGAGAGGCUCUCCUGGAGGAAGGCUGCGGCUUAUGACUCCUCGAGGCUGUCCGACCCUCAGGGGAGGAGGCAGUUGCAGAAAAUAGUGCAGUCUAGUAGGGCUGCUUUGCCUGAUGAUAAGUAUUCCGAGCUCCAACAACUAAUAUCAGAAAUGAAAGAAAUUUACAACUCUGCAAAAAUCUGUCCUUACGGCCAGAAGCCUUAUGAUCCUCACAUACCCCGGGUCCCUUACAGCCACGAAUUCCAGGACAUUCCUCAGGGAUACCAGCUAGCCAAUGAGCCAUACCAGCAUUACCAACCUUAUACUGAGUCCACGGAAUCCAACUACUGUGAUAUGCAAUUGGACCCUGAGAUUUCCAGGAUUUUAGCCCAUUCGAGGAUUGAGAGUGAACUGCUGUAUGUUUGGAAGAGUUUUCGGGAGCAGACGGGACCGAAAUUGAAGAAUAGGUUUAUGAGAUAUGUGCAGUUGGCUAAUCAAGCUGCUGAGAAUACUGGCUACAGGGAUGCUGGAGACCAAAUGAGAGCAGCCUACGAAGACCCAUCUUUCAGGGCGAGCGUCGAAGAGAUGUACAAUCAAAUACAACCAUUAUACAAGCAACUGUUCACGUAUGUCAGGAGACGACUGGUGCAGAGAUAUGGGGAGACCAGCGUGAGGUCUGAUGGGCCUAUACCUGCUCAUUUACUUGGUAACAUGUGGGCACAAAAUUGGAAGUCGAUCAUGGAUCUGGUAAUGCCGUUUCCUCAGUCUCCCAACGUGGAUGUCACAGCUGAGAUGUUGAGGCAGGGGUUCACACCGCUCAGAAUGUUCCAAAUGGCUGAAGAAUUCUACACAUCCAUGGGUCUGAAGCCAGUACCUCCAGAGUUCUGGCGCGGGUCCAUGCUAGUGCGGCCAGCACAGCGGACUGUGCAGUGCACGGCCAGCGCCUGGGACCUCUGCAAUAGGAUCGACUACAGGAUAAAGCAGUGCACAGAAGUAACGAUGCAGGACCUGGUGUCCACUCACCACGAGAUGGCACACAUACAGUACUACCUGCAGUACUCCGAGCAGCCGCAACUCUUCAGAGACGGAGCUAACCCUGCUUUUCAUGAAGCGGUUGCUAACGCCGCUACUUUAUCAGUUUACAAUCUUCCCCACCUGCAGAGAGUUGGACUUUAUCAAAAUAAGAGUCACGAUCCUUACGAGGUGGGGAUGAACUUCCUCAUGACCAUGGCUUUGGAGAAGGUGGCUUACCUACCCUUCGCGUUUAUGGUGGAUCAGUGGAGGUGGUCAGUUUUCGAAGAUGGCGUCCAAAAUAUGAAUUCAAGAUGGUGGCAAAUGAAGUUACGUUAUCAGGGAGUAAUUCCACCAAUACCAAGACAUGAGAGUGACUUUGAUCCGGGAUCUAAAUACCACAUCAUUUCUGAUCAGGAAUACAUCAAAUACUUCUUAGCCACAAUCCUGGAGUUCCAAAUCUUCGAGCAACUAUGUUCAGUAUCCGGACACACCGGACACUUGUACGAGUGCGACGUGUAUAGGAGCAGGGACGCCGGCCGCGUGCUCAGUGAAAUAAUGCAAGCCGGUUCUUCUAAACCCGCUUCGGAAAUCAUCAAAUCUAUGACCAGAGGCAAAACCAAUAGGAUAUCACCUGAAGCUCUCGUCAAAUACUUUCGGCCCUUAGAACUUUGGCUCCGAGUCCAGAAUCGAGACGAGCCCCUCAUAGGCUGGAGUUCUAACUACCACGACGUCGCGUUGUUCGCUCCCCAGAGAGGGGGAGUGGGGAGGAGUACUAGCUCCUGUCUACUGAUCAUCAGUGUACUUUGUUUCUUGAUAUAA